AUGUCGAGCAGAAGGGCACCCCAGAGCAGACGGCAAGGGGCCCGCAGAAGCCCCCCGGGGCAGGAGGCUGAGCUGCAGCCUGCGGGGGAGGCAGAGGGGCCGAGUGGCUGCCAGGAGAGCAGGAAGGCUCCUUUGCGUGAGGAGGAAACCCCGAACCUGCAGCUUCUGCUGGCAGAGGUGGCUCAACUAAGGGCGGAGCUCAACCGGGAGAAGGAGAGGGCUUCAGAAGAAUAUGUGAAGGUGUCUGACUGGGCCCUGCAAAGCUCUGGUGCCAGCAUCGACAUCAGGAGAACUUCAGAGACCUAUGAUUUCAGAGAGAAUUUGGGCUGCUGGAUAAGAUGGUUCUUCCACAGUCCCAGCCCUCCAGAUACUAUUUUGCAGCCGGAUGUUACCCCAGAACAGUGCUGGCCUUUUCGAGGGCAUCAGGGCCAGGUGGUCAUCAGGUUGCCAGCACGAGUCCAUCUGACUGCCAUCACACUGCAGCACAUCUCCAAAGAAAUCUCUCCAUCUGGGACCAUCACCAGCGCUCCCAGAGACGUCGUUGUCUUUGGAGUGGAUGCAGAGGGAGAAGAGGAAACUCUCCUGGGGACGUUCACGUACAACGUGGCAAAAGAGCCCAUGCAGACCUUUCCUCUGAAGAACGCACCAUUUCCCAGACCCUUCUCUUACAUCAAACUGCUCGUGAGGAGCAACUGGGGAAACCCCGACUACACCUGCAUGUAUCGAGUGCAGGUUCACGGGAAGAUGGCCAAACCAGAAGGCGUCAACGGAAACUGA